AUGGAAGAGAGGGAGGAGGGAGAUCAGAGGGUGAUGGAGGAAGAGAGAGGGGUAGAGAGGGAGAUAGAAGGGGACGAGGUAAAUCUGGACAAUCCCUUUAAUAUUAGACUGAGGUGUGAGUUGAAAGAAGGACGUGUCUCGAGCGAGCUCCAGAGUUUUUACCCAAAGUUUUAUACCAGUCUUCCUUGUUUCUAUUCGGAAAUUUUGCGUGCUUGGGGUAUCUCUGGAGCCAGCAUCGAGACAUCGUCCUUCACUGUCAACCAUGUGUUCAAUAUUCCUUUGAAUUAUUAUAAUUUUCUUCAUUACACACUGGAUGGCGACAAGAUCUUCCCUGCUAGAUUAUUUGCAUGUGGAAUCAAACUCGUCAAACAUCUUGUAAACCCGAACAACGGUACCUGGCUCCGAGCAGACGAGGUCGCCAUCACAUCCACCCUGCAGCGUCCAUCUUUACGGCUCUUGGAAUUUGACCUCUCUCGACUUCACAAAGUGAUUUCCAGUUUGUUUCCCAGAUUCUUUUUAAAUAGCGGACUUAGACUGUCAAUAGUUUCAACUCAUCUUCACAAUCUGGCUGAACCUAUCAACUCUCCGUUCUCGAUUAUAACUAAGGACAACAAGAACAUUCUUGCCACACCCACUAAAUCGAUAUAUCGAAUCCUCAACCGUUCUAUUAACUUUCUUCCUAGAACUCAAGUUACUCAUUGGCACGAGAUUGGGAUACUUUCCCCACCUACACUAAUCAACUGGACUGAAAUCUACUACUAUCCUUCGUCUAAGAAAGAUGGGGACACUCAGUACAAACUAUUACAUAAUGUCCUUCCGUCGCUUGCCGUUCUUCAUCACCUUAAUUCCGACAUCUCCUCUUCAUGUGGAUGGUGUGGCAAGAAAGGAACUAUAUUACACCUCUUUAUCGAGUGCACUUCUAUUCAACCAGCCUUGGAUCUUCUUCACCACCUCCUUUCAUGUCUUUUGCCCGAAGUGAACAUUGACUUUGACCUCUACUGGACCUUGGUUCCACAUGCAAGAGGUCGUAGCAGGGAAGCCGUGCGCCUAUCCAACUUUCUUAUUGUUAGUCUUAAAAGCACAUUAUAUUGGCUUUACCGAACCUCUCGUUUUUUUGAUCCGCUUCCGUUUUGGAAAUUUAGAAUUAAAAACAGAGUCAUUAUUGAUUAUGAAUUCCACAAAUUACAAAGCAAUUUGGCUUUAUUUCUUAAAACAUGGUCACCCAAUAAUGUACUCUUUCUUUUGGAUAACGAUAGUCUCACAUGGUUGAUUUAAUUGUUUUGACGUGAUCACAUAUUUUCUUUGCUAUUUUUAUGUUAUGCCUAAGAUUUUGUGUACCUCCUUCGGUAUUUUGUGAUUAAUUUUUUUGAGCAAAGCUCUUUAUGGAAAUUAAUAACUUCCCACAGUAAAAUCGUUUUAAAUACUGAUGAUACUGUAGUUCUGUAAUCAUCUGUCGUCAGUAUUCAGUACAUUUAAAAAAAAUUCUUGUUUUCUAUUGUUAAAUUUAUUGCUUGUUCAUGAAUUGUUUAAUGUCUUCCGCUUUAUGUAUUACUUA